UCUCGCAAAAGCUAGGUUAGGAAGUCUAGCCAUAUUUGUAAAAUUUUAGGGUUUUCUGAUUUAUCACUAAAUUGGGGUUUUGAAAAUUAUAAAAAAAACAAUUUUUCACUUGAUUUAAACAGAAAUUGUAAUGGAAAUUGUUAAUGCAAACAGUGCGACUUUGAGUAAUUUUGAGGUUAUGAAACAUCUACAACGGAUAAAAGACAGUCGAAAAAAACAUAAAGGACAGUUAGCAACGAUUACGUAUGAAACUUUGCGAUACUUGGAAAAUACUCCUUGUGCCCAACAAACUCCAGAAUCAAUUGUCGAGUGUUUGAAAGACUUGGAAGCGUUUAAUUUGAACAAAAAUGAGAAAUUGAUGUUAAUUAAUUCGCCCCCAACCACGGCUUUGGAGAUCCAAUUGAUGAUUGAAGAAAGCGAAGAAAGGCUAAGUGAAGAACAAGUCGAACAGAUUUUACAAAUCAUGCUUCGACACUUCCCCCACAUUCAGAAAAGUGUGGAAAAUGACACAACACAGGAACAGGAAUAAUUUUAGGGUUUUUUUGUUGUAAUUAUGAAACAAUGGUCUGAAAAACGACACAACUGUAUUGGUAAUAAGUAUAAAUCCACGAAUUUGUGAUAA